AUGUGCACCACCGACGUUUACACCGACGUCUACCCCGACGGCCGGAGGGCCGAGUAUCCUCAGUCCACCUUGUGCGCUGCUUCCCGCAGCGGUCAUCUUUGCCCCAACCCCGUUAUCUACAACCACCCGCCGCGCUCAGUCGGCUACCCUUCACCAGUGCCCAUGUACGCUCCUGCUGGUCCAUCAUACCCAUUUCCCCAGCAGAUGCCGCCCUCUCCUCCCAUGAGCUCACCACGAGGCACUUCUUCGGGCAAUGAGGGAGGUCGCACUCGUCGCGAAUCUUCUUCGAGCGAGAGGAGGCACCGCCAAUCCGGAGUAUACGUAAACGGCCAAAGGGUAUUGGACCUCAACCGCAAGCACCGGUCAUGCAAAGAGCGCAUCGUCAUCGUCGACGCUCCCCCUACCCCGCGCACACCACCCAAGCAGUUCGCUUCGCCUUACACCGCGCCGCCCUCACCCAAUGCCGGCGGCGAGACCUCCCAGUUCCGCUAUAGCCAUGUCCGUCGCGACUCUCUUCGACCUGUCAUCGUCGAUGAGCGCCCGCGAUCCAAGGUCGAGAUUGAGGUUGUCGACAACAAGCACCGCCGCCAUCACUCUUCUGAAUCGCGCAACAGCUACGCCAGCGCCGAUGAUGAAGAGCGCCGCCGCCGCCGCCACCGAGAGCACAAGGAACGCGAGGAGCGCAAACGCCAGGAGGAGGAGGAGCGCCAGCUCCAGAAGCAACUGCGCAUUGCUCAGCAGAACGCCAAGAUUGCCAGCCGCACCGCCGUCCCCGUCCCUCCCGCUCCUCUAAACCGCACUUCUACGGGUUACGGUUCCAGAUACCAGGAGGACUUGGCAGACGCCAUUCGCCGUAUGGGAGUUGCCGACCAUCUCACCUCACGAGCUGAGGAUGAGGAAGAAGCUCAGCGACGCCGAUUGCAGGAGCGGAUGACACCCCACCGGCGGGCUACUGUGGGUCCGGGUACCCGGAGGCACCGUGUUUCCUACGAUGAUGGGUUUUACCGAUGGGAGUAA